CUGAGAAUGAGUGGAGGCCUUCUGGGCAUACUUUGGUCCCGGAUAAACGCGUAGGGUCGCGUUACUGACCCCGAAUCCAACUCUCGACCCUUUGCAUGCGACUUUCUGAAUUGAUCUGAAAGCGUGGGGCGAACCUAGUCUAGAUGUGAGAAGACAGACAGCAGGCUGCGGUGGUGGGGGCUUUUCAAGAUCCAGACAUGGGGGUGGGCAAGACAGGAACUUGUCUCCCCGCUCUCUGAGGCCCAGGGGCUCUGGGAGAGAUCCCGGGGGGAAGCGCCGCCGCGGGGACUGCAGCUGACAGCCGUGGGCGCCGCGGCCGGCAUCCCCGCUCGGGGCGGGGAGCAGGCGCGGGUGUGCGCGGGCGGCGCGGCGGGCGGUGGCGGGAGGAGGCGCAGGCGCGCUGCUCGCCCGUCUGCAGCCCCGCGCCGAGCGCCGCGUCUCGGGGAGUUGAUGGCAGCACCGCGGUGCGGCCGCCGGGCUGAGCGCCGAGCGCAGCCGCCCGCCGCGGCUCAGAGUGCUUCCAAGAUGUUGGGGGACCGGGGCGGCAGCGGUCGCAGCAGCGCCAGGGACGGGGGCGCGCAGCAGCCUCCGCUCGCCCGCCUCCGCUGACCUGCCCCGUUUGGCCCCGAAGAAUGUCCUCCACGUCCAAGGGGACCCCCGCCUCGUCCUCUCUCGCCGAGGGACCGCCGGCAGGCUCCAAAACCAAGGUGAAGGAACAGAUCAAGAUCAUCGUGGAGGAUCUGGAACUAGUCCUGGGCGACCUGAAGGACGUGGCCAAGGAACUCAAGGAGAAGCUCCAUAACCUACUCCCACCUCCCCACAUGAUGAAACAGGGACACAGUGCCACAGGCAGACAGUGACAGCAGGACACCAGGAAAUGCCAAGAAGGUCAGCCCCAUCUUAACGUGAUGUUUGCAGGAAUGUGGACAUCACACACCAGCAUUUCUCAGAAACAUGGAAGUCCAGUAUAUCAUUUGUUAUUCAAAAUACAUACACAAUUUUCUAUUAACAAUUAGAUCUCUUUGAGUAUUAAAGUUAUUAAAUAAUGACCACGAAUAACAUGAUUAAUAAUCACACUAUAUAAAUUGUGAUCACCAUAUAACUUGUCAUAUUUUCAAUCUGUCUUUUUCAUAGAGGAAAAUAUGUAUAAUAAGCUCAUGAAAUUCAGCAAUGUUUUCUUUGUUUCUAAGACUCAAAAAAUAUUUUAAGAAACAUAUAUGGUGUUUUUCAAAUGGUAGGAUUUGACUUCCAAGGUGCCAGUAUCAAUUAAUUCAUGAAUAUACAUGUUUUCUAUGAAUAAAAUUAGUUUACAUUUUGAUAAUUUCUCUUUAUUUAUAUUGACUAUAAGAAACUAAUAAA